AAUAAAAUAAAUAUUUGUGCUGAAUCUCUCGCUUCCGAGGCACUUGGGGACGCCAUGUCCCAGUUUGCGGCCGGCAUCCUGAUGGAGCAGCCGCGGGAGCAGCCGGAGCCCGAGGAGCUCCAGGUCCAACGCCUGAGCGACAGCGAGCUGCGGGAACAGCUCCUCCUGUACGGAGCCGAGCCCGGACCCGUCCUGCGUACGCACGCCGGGAAUGCGGGCUGGGAAGUCGCAUUGAACCCCCCGGCUUCCACGCGGACAGUUUAUGAAAACAAGCUGCUGCAGCUGAUGGAUCAGAGCGUGUCGUCGGGCUAUGAUGAGCUCGAAGACAGCGAGAGCUCGGAAAACGAAGAGCAAAAAAACGAAGAGGGAAAUACUCAAGUCAUGCUUGAAACAAAAGACUUCAAAGUGGCAGCAGCCUGCGCCUCUGGCUAUUGUAAACCUUCAAGCAUGGAAGGACCAGAACGCCACAAGAAAGUCCUGCUGCCUAAUGCAGAUGACAGCCUGGCUAAGAUAAUGGCAGAGGAAAGUCUGGAGCAAAUCCUGCCGGAGGAUAAACUGCCAGUGCCCUGGACACAGGGACAAAAGCGACCGGGUGGCAGCAGUCCCCAGGGCAGUCCCAAGGCCAUUCACACCACCAAGACAGAUGAAGCACCUAAGGAUGGAACUGGUGAAGAGGAGCAAGAUGAGACGUGGUUUUCUGAUACUUGGUCUCCCCCGGGAAUCAGGAAAAGACCAGAAAAGGAGGACGAGCAGUCACCAGCUCAGAAGACUGCGGAAACAUUUAAAGUGGAAAAAGAGAAGCUUGUGUUGGAAAAAGAGAAUUGCAGAGCCAAAGUAGCCCCACAAGAGGAUUCUCGAAGCAUGAUACCAAUGCCUAAACUGUCUUUUCAGCGUGCCCGGGUCUGCCGAAACGGUGUCUCCGUGUGUUUGCCAGACAGGCACACACAGCUGGUGGACUUCUCCCCAUGGCUUAACCCUGCUGAUGGAGAGAUCCCGAAGCUCUUGGCAUCCGUCUCCGCAUAUUAAGGGGAUUCUCUGCACUACAGCCAGUUUGGAGCCCUGCAGGAGGAAAACUUAAUUAAUUAACUAGUUCAUUAACUGUCAGGCUGCCAAAUCUCCAAAAGAAAUGGCAGGGGAGGACUAGACGUCAUCCCUGGUCUCCGACCUUUCUUCAUUGGCCACGCUCAGGUGUGGUCCACCUUGCUUCUGAUGCCUGGAUACGGUUCUGCCAUCCUGGAUGUGAUUCACCUUUAUCUGCAGGACUCUGAUCUCCAACAAAAACCUUUGCUGGGUGUCAGGAGAUGCUGCUUGCUUCUUUUGGGGGGCUGGAUGGACUCUUCCAGCAUGGGGCUGGGGAAGUUCACCCCUCGGCAGUUAUCCUAAAAACUGUGUGUGUCCCAAACGCCCGGGAAGAGGCGCAUUCCCUUCGGAUCACGGCCGUAUCAAGGAAAAACCAUCUGGGAGAAGAAUUACCAGAGCUGCUGUGCUCAGCUGGCUGGACCUGAAGUGAUGCACGCGUGAGAGGGAGAAUAAAUGUCGUUUUGGCUUAUUUGUGUAAUUUACAGGAAUUCCACCAACUCCGCUCCUGCUGUUCCCAUGGAAACUGGUGUUGGAUUGCAGCAGGUGGCUACAGGUUUUCAGGUUUAUUCCCCUUUUUUUCACCU